CGUUUGGCGAGUCGUCAUCCAUUUCCGGAUACGUCACUUCCUGCAACGUACGCGCUACUCAGAAGUCCGUAGGAUCCGUAUUAUUGCACAACGGAGUUAAUACGUGAUAUAUUACGUAUGCAGCUGGAUCCCUUGCCGGGCCUUGCGCAAAUUUUCCGAAUUUACCUCGCAGGAAGCAUUUUUUUCCUUGUGCCACUCUCAUGAGCCAGUUUGUGUCGGCGUCCGUGAAACUUCGUUCGUCCAACAGUGAAGCUAGUAGCCGUUUCAGCAACCGAUUCGGCAUCGAGAUUCAACUCUUAUAGUAUCAGGAUACAGCCAUAGUCGAUAAUCCAAUUGGCCAGCUAGAUUUUUUCAAUAUCUUCAACGGAAAUAAUGUAUUUCCUCCUAGUAUGCAGCAAAUGUAUGCUGUUAACUAUUGUCGUCGUACUAUUGGCUUCUGUUUUGGACUCAAACGGGUUGAGACAUCCGCCUGGCCACUUACAACCACUGGGGUCACAUCAACCCCCGACCGGACAGGUCGAAUCAGUCGACGCCAUUCAUUCACCAGAAGAUUUCUACCGCCGUUACGUGGCCCCGGGAAGACCAGUAAUUCUCUCGGGGGCAGCACGACUUUUCCCCGCUUACAGGAGAUGGAAUGACUGGUACCUAAUGGCUCGAUACGGAAAUAGAGAGAUGCAAGUUGACGCAAAGAAAGAGGUACAGGAUAGCCAUAAUGAAGACAUGAAACUUCUGGACUUUUUACAACGUUAUAAACAUUCUGAUCUCUACAUGGUUGACAGAAUUCCAAAGGCUAUGAUGAAAGAACUCUACCUCCCCCAAAGUUUAGCCUGCGGUGGUUUCGCCCAGCGUUUUCAGGACAUCAAUCUGUGGUUGUCCAACGGAGGGACAACCUCCACCUUACACAUGGACAACAUGGACAACCUCAACUGUAUGGUUAGCGGAACAAAAGACUGGUUCCUCUUGGAAAAACACGUCAAUGAAAAAUUGAAUUUACAUCACGACGAUGGAGAAGAGAUUGCAGUUGACGUUGAACGAGUUGACAUGUACCGGUACCCUGCUCUCAGUAUCAUCCCAUGGUGGUCCGCCAAAGUGCCUCCUGGCGACUGUCUGUAUGUACCGCAGGGUUGGUUCCAUCACGUCCGAUCACACGGCAGAAACAUGGCGGUCAACAUCUGGUGGACACCGAUGUCUGUCUUCAACCACUCGGACUGUAGCAGUAGAGAUUAUUGUGCUAACGUUCAACUCAGUUCGCUGAAAUUCAGACCAGGGAUACAAAUAAGGUUCGUCUUGAAGACUUUGUUAGAAGAGUACGGAGGGGAGUUACAAAAAGAGAUGGUACAGUCACUGGUACUUCACCAUGGAGAGAGGAUCAUAACAGACACCGUCUUUACAGAGUUUGAUCUGAACAGUGACGGUUGCCUAAGUGUUGCAGAGAUAGAAGCAAUAAAGGAGACGACAAUUGAAGUCUUGUUACCUGAUGUACAGUUACAUGGAGUCAACACCUAUGGAAGAUGCCAGGCUUACAACAAUACAUGUUCUGCAUAG